AUACCGGACCUCGCUUUGAUCAUACUUCCGGCACAGGUUACUACAUGUAUAUCGAAGCAGAUGGCCCAGCUGACGGUCAGAAAGCAAUCCUUAAAUCCCACCCACAGCGAGCUACCAAUGGAAACGGUGUUUGCCUGACAUGGUAUUAUCACAUGUAUGGACCUGAUGUAGACAGAUUCAAUGUCUACAUUCAACAGGGUAGUCUGGCCACGCCCAUUUUCAAACGGCAAGGCACACAGGGUAACCAGUGGAAGUACGCGCAAUGGACUGUGACGUCAAACAUCGCAUGGGGGGUCACAUUUGAAGCAUAUCGAGGACUUGGUGCUGCCGGAGACAUAGCUAUCGAUGACGUCAUUGUUGAAGAUCGCGCAUGCUCUGCACACCGAACGUGUGAUUUUGAGAUUAACUAUUGCUCUUGGACACAAGAUUAUGAUGAUAAUUUUGAUUGGAACAUCGGUAACAACGGAUCCCCUGCGGAAGGCACAGGACCUAAUAUAGACCAUACGAUGGGAACUAAUCUAGGUAUGUUUGCCUACGUGUCUACGGCCAAGCCUCCCCGCUCCGCCGGUGAAGUAGCCCGUUUAUUCAGUCCGGUGUAUCCAGCAGCAGUCAGUGAAUGUUUUACAUUCUGGUAUCACAUCUAUGGGGAUGAAAUAGGAACUUUAGAGAUCCUCAUCUAUGACACCAUCUCGGAGAUAUCGACUACCAUAUGGCAGGCGAAAGCUCAUGAGAAUAUAUGGCAUUAUUCUCGUGCAUCGAUCAUACCAUCGCAUCCAUACCAGAUUGUGGUGAGUGCCACCCUCGGGACUGGUAACUACGGUGACAUUGCUAUAGAUGAUCUCUCACUCCUCGAUGAUUCCUGCACCAGACCAGGUUUCUGCGAUUUCGAGCAAGAUAAAUGUGGAUGGACGGAUGAAAGAGAAACAGAUACUAAGGAUUGGUUACGCAAUAACGGCGUAACUCCAUCACCAUAUACUGGACCUUCAUUUGAUCACACAACGGGAACUGAACAAGGGAUGUACGUGUAUUUUGAAGCAGAUAACGGAGUAUCGAAUAGUUGGGCGGACCUGAUCGGUGAAAUCCUCAGCGCGUCUUCAGGAUCAUGUCUCACAUUCUGGUACCAUAUGUUUGGCAAUGCUGUUGGUAGUUUAGAAGUGUAUACCAUGGAUGAAGAUGACCAACAAUUUGGCCCUAUCUGGAGCACAUCAGGUUCACAAGGGGAUGUAUGGAUCAUGGGUAGUGCUGACGUCACGUUUGGUCGAGAAUUCAGGAUUGUUUUUAGGGCUACUGGUACAGACGGGACGGAGGGUGAUAUUGCAUUGGACGACAUUGAUAUACAAAUAGGAGAAUGUAGCGAUGGAGGAGGACCAACGGCUAUACCAGUAGUUCCAAUGGCCUGUACAUUCGAAAGCAACCUGUGCUCAUACACCCAACUUGAUAGUGACCAAUUCGACUGGACAAGAACCUUCUGGCUAACCGACACUGAAAGCACCGGUCCAUCUUUUGACCACACCCGUGGGGACAGUAACGGAUAUUACGUCUACAUAGAUUCAACAAGCCGUACCCCUGGCGACAGGGCGCAGCUUGCAGCUCCGACACAGAACCCGACCGGCACGGGAUCACCUAAGUGCUUGGUGUUCUGGUAUCAUAUGUACGGGGCGGAAGUUGAUAGAUUGAACGUGUAUCUGAGGCUGUUCAAGUCAGGAGUGGUCGAGGAUGAUGUCAUCUUUACCAAGUAUGGUUCACAAGGGAAUCAAUGGAUCAAAGCAGAGAAAGAGAUCACCACGAAUUAUAACUGGAUGAUUAUCUAUGAAGGUAUUAAUGGAGGUCAAUAUGGUGAUAUCGCCCUGGAUGAUCUAAAUCUAUACGAUGGUGUAUGUCCUCCACAAGAGGAAAUCGUGACGGCAGAGUAA